GAAGCUUGGAUAAACAUAAAGAGUUGGAGAACCUUGUGGCUAAGUUCCUGAAUGUAGAAGCAGCUAUGGUCUUUGGGAUGGGAUUUGCAACUAAUUCAAUGAAUAUCCCAGCACUAGUUGGAAAGGGAUGUCUCAUUUUAAGUGAUGAGUUAAAUCAUGCAUCUCUUGUACUCGGGGCCCGACUCUCAGGUGCAACCAUAAGGAUCUUCAAACACAACAACAUGCAAAGCCUAGAGAAGCUCCUGAGAGAUGCUGUAGUCUACGGCCAGCCUCGAAUCCGCAGAGCUUGGAAGAAGAUUCUCAUCCUGGUUGAAGGCAUCUACAGCAUGGAAGGUUCCAUCGUGAAUCUGCCCCAGAUCGUGGCUCUAAAGAAGAAAUACAAGGCUUACCUCUACAUAGAUGAAGCUCACAGUAUUGGGUCCGUGGGCCCAACUGGCCGGGGUGUUGUAGAAUUCUUUGGACUGGACCCUCAAGAUGUUGAUGUGUUUAUGGGCACAUUCACCAAAAGCUUUGGAGCCUCAGGAGGUUACAUAGCUGGAAAGAAGGACCUUGUGGAUUAUUUACGAGUUCACUCACAUAGUGCUGCUUAUGCUACAUCCAUGAGCCCACCGAUAGCAGAGCAAAUCAUCAGAUCAAUGAAAUUUAUCAUGGGACUGGAUGGGACCACACAAGGAUUGCAGAGAGUACGGCAACUUGCAAAAAACACAAGAUACUUCAGACAGAGACUGAACGAAAUGGGAUUCAUUAUCUAUGGCAAUGAGGAAUCUCCCGUUGUUCCCCUGCUCCUUUACAUGCCUGCUAAAGUAGCGGCUUUUGCAAGACAUCUAUUAAAUAGAAAAAUCGGGGUGGUGGUCGUUGGAUUUCCAGCUACUCCCCUUGCAGAAGCUCGGGCUCGGUUUUGUGUUUCAGCAGCACAUACCCGGGAGAUGCUAGACACGGUUUUGGAAAACCUGGAUGAAAUGGGUGAUCUCCUGCAACUGAAGUAUUCCCGGCACAAGAAAUCGGCACGCCCCGAACUCUAUGACGAGACAAGCUUUGAACUGGAUGAUUAAGUUUCCUGGUCCUGAACUGCACCUAAAGACUUUGCCAGAAAGACCUCCCUCCCUGCCUCAAAAGGAACAUAAAUGGAUUUCUCCCCUUUUCUAAGGACAAUUUUGGUUUCUGAACCAGCUUAAUUGAACUGAAGGAAAUGUCGUGUUUUUAAUGUCUCCAACCCAAAGCCUGCAGAGACAGAAAUAUGGUUCCAUAUUUUAACUUUCCUCCUCAUCCAAGUAUCCUGCUAUAAAUACAUGCACACUCACAUGCACGCGCAUGCGUGCGCGCAUGCACACACACACACACACACACACUUCCUAGAACAUUUUUAGUGGCAAUGAGCCUGUGUUUUCGCUGCUACUGUGCAGCCUCUUUGGUCCAGACUCUUUCAGGCAUUCCAACCAAAUGAGAGGGUUUUGAUUUUUAAUUCAGUAGAUUCUCACUCUGUGUUUACUUAUUUCAUCUACAGAAGUGAGCAGAGGGGAUGGACAGUAGCUGACCGCCUUGUGUCACCCACGAAUGCCCCAGCUAGAACUCCUCCGUAUCAUGGGGAGUUCCAGGCAGGAGGGUAAAGAAAUAUUGCUUCUACCAUUUGCCACAUUUGGACUUUUUCCAAGGACAAGUGUCAAAAGCCAUAGUUAAUGUUUGGAGGGAGAGAGCAGAACCGGCCAGCAGCGACUAAAGACGUCUUGGAAGGAAACUUUCCUUUUCCUCUUGCUGGCCUCCUACAGUUUUACAGCUGAGCUUUUGAGGUUUGGAAAAUUCAAGACUUUUGUUUCGUAAGGAAGGGGGCAGAAAGCAAACACAAGCCAAUUUUAGGCCUAGACUAAAACUGUAAUGUUAUAGCAACUGGAAGGCUGUCCGUGCCAUGUGGAGUGAAUGUUUAGCUUGCGAACAUAGCCUUUAUUACUUUAAGGAAUGAGUUGUCAUUUUCAUAUUAAAUUUUGAGUAAAUGGUGAGAUUCAGUUUCCUUUAGAGUUGACUCUCAAGACUAUACUGGCAUGUAUUGAUUCAAAAACAACAUUUAAAAGCAACUUCUAUUCAAAAGACCGACACCCCCAUUCAGACCUAUUAAAGAGUUCUUACUGUCUGCUGGCA